AUGGGCAAGCUGACCAGCACUAUCGGCAUCCCCAUCAAGCUCCUCAACGAGGCACAGGGCCAUGUCGUUACUCUCGAAAUCACAUCCGGCCAGGUCUACCGAGGAAAGCUCUUAGAAGCCGAAGAUAACAUGAAUGUGCAGCUUAAGGACAUCACAGUUACAGCGCGUGACGGCCGUGUCUCGCAUCUCGAUCAGGUUUAUAUCCGUGGAAGCCAUGUUAGAUUCUUUAUUGUACCGGACAUGUUGCGAAAUGCGCCAAUGUUCCGAUCAAGAGGCCAGCGUGGAAGAGGUGUUGGGCUCGCCAGAGGCAGAGCCACCGUGAACAGAGCUCGUGGGCAACGACGUGGUUAG